UAUCCUAUGACAGGAGGGGCAGAAAAAGGUAAAGUAAGUCAGGAGAAAUUAAAGUCGAAAUCUUGGUUCAUGUUACGACAGAGAUUGAAGGGAAAUAAACACUAUACAUAAAUGGUCGUCUAUAACACCCUUACGCAGCUAGAGUUCUUAAUGUCUGUUUUCUGUGAGUUGGCAUGAAGUGCUAAUAAAAGGAGGGGCAAUUUAAGGGCUCCCCCCCCCCCCUAUUGUCUAGUGAAUUAAUAGAAGGUAGGAAAGGUUAGGUUUGAAUUUUGGGUUUCCAAGAUAGCCUGGUUUGCUCUUGGUAAUAAAUACUGAUUUUUAUAGGAAGUAAAAAUGUAAGACAAUCCUUCAGCAAAUAUGCAAUGACUAUUUAUUGCAGAUCACAGAAUGUUUCAGGUAAACCUGGCAAGAAGGCUGCAGUUAUUAUGGGAAAUACAUCUUGAUUUUGAAUGUCACUAUUCUUCAGUGUCACCAUGUCAUUAGCUGAGUCCCAGAGUAAUGGUGAAGCAGGUGUGGUUAACCCUAGACCAGAAAAGGCACUCGCAAAUGAAGCUCAGAAUGGUACUACUAAUGGAUGUGAAAAUGGAAAUGAGCCUGCUAUGAGGCAUGAUGAGUCCCAGUACCUAGACCUGAUCAGACAGAUAAUGAGGACAGGCAACAGGAAGGGAGAUAGGACUGGCACUGGCACUAUUUCCAUAUUCGGUGCCCAGAUGAGAUAUUCACUUCGAGAUGGUAUUUUCCCUCUUCUAACUACCAAGCGCGUGUUCUGGCGAGGGGUGGCUGAAGAGCUGCUGUGGUUUGUAAGAGGUUCCACUAAUGCUAAAGAACUACAGGAGAAGGAUAUUCACAUUUGGGAUGGAAAUUCCUCCAAGGAAUUUUUAAACAAAAUGGGAUUCCACGACAGAGAAGAAGGGGAUCUGGGUCCAGUAUAUGGGUUCCAGUGGCGACACUUUGGGGCUUCGUAUACAGACAUGCACUCUGACUAUACUGGUCAAGGUGUGGAUCAGCUUCAGGAGGUAAUAGAUACCAUCAAAAAUAACCCAGAUGAUCGCCGUAUCAUCAUGUGUGCAUGGAACCCAGUAGAUGUGCCCAAGAUGGCCCUUCCGCCAUGUCACUGCUUGUGCCAGUUCUAUGUAGCAAAUGGGGAACUUUCUUGUCAGCUAUAUCAACGUUCAGCUGAUAUGGGUCUAGGUGUUCCCUUCAAUAUUGCCAGCUAUGCACUUCUCACGUACAUGAUUGCUCAUGUUACUAACCUGAAGCCUGGUGACUUUGUACACACAUUGGGAGAUGCUCAUGUUUACUCUAACCACUGUGAAGCUUUGGAGGAACAACUCAAGAGAGAGCCUCGACCAUUCCCCUCCCUAAAGAUCAAGCGGAAAGUGGAGAACAUCAGUGAUUUCAAGUUUGAGGACUUUGAGCUUGAGGGCUAUAAACCCCAUCCAAAGAUCAAAAUGGAAAUGGCUGUGUGAUACUAUAAUAAAAGCUCAUUGGUCAGUUCUCAAAUUGUCUUCCAACAAUAAGGGUUUAAUAACAAACCAAGGAAUAAAUUACUAGGCCUACUUGAUCUUAUCUAUUGACCCUGUUCCUUGAAUUUUUGAUAAGGCAAGUUUAUUGCUAUAAGGGCUGUUAAAGUUGUAAUGAGGAUAAUAUCAACAAUAAUAACCCUAAUAAUGAUGGUAAUACCUAGAUUUUUUUUCCCCCAAAUAUGUGAGUGGACAGUGCAUGUACCCACCAUCAAUAGGUUAACUGUAAAGCCUCAGGUAUUCCUAUUCUCUACACAUAUGGGGCUGCUGUCAUGUCUCAGUAGAACAAAAUACCUACCUGGUAGGUGAUAAUCUUAUAUUGUAACCAAAGAUACAAAGAGGUGUCAGCAUUUAAAAUACCAUGAAAGUAUAGAUUUACCUUGACUGUAUACAUCUUGAUUCUAGGCUUGACACUAUUGAUCUGUUUAGAAUUUUAGUGUAUAAUUCUUUCUGAUUAUAAUUACUACUUUCCUAUCAAGGUGUGACAGAUAAUGUUUUUAUUAUUAUUAUUUUUAGAUUGUAAGUGUUUUUAUACUUUUGAAUUUUAUAAUAAAAUUAUGAUAAUGA